ACUUUUUUAGUUGGUACAGACUUGCAGUACCAUUUCAAUCUUGUUUUACCACAGUAAGCAAGCGCGGCCUUCCAAAAUUUUCGUUGCGCAUAUAACGGGACUAGGCACGUUUUUUCCACUCUCUCGUUUCGGGGAAGCCUCUGGCUCCAGACUCCGCCUACGAUCCAUUCCGAAGAUCAGGUUCCGCAGUCAGGUUAGGGGGAGAAGGAAAAUGGGUUUGUGGACACUACUGGAGGGUUGCCUACUACUUGCUAAUGCUUUGGCAAUAUUAAAUGAGGACCGCUUCCUGGCACCUAGAGGAUGGAGCUUCUCAGAAUUCUCAGGGGGCAAGACAAAAUCAUUGAAGGGGCAGCUUAUAGGUCUUAUUUAUGCAACCCAGUACCUAAGAGUUCCUCUCAUAUUGCUAAACUUUAUCUUCAUCGUGGUAAAGUUGGUAUCUGGAUGAUACCACUUUGGGUAGGAUUUUGUAUUUCUUUAAUGAUGGUUUGGUUUUGUUAUGUUUUAAGUAUGACGAGCAAAUUUUCACCAUUAGCUUACUAUUGAAGUGACCAAGAUAUUCAUUUUUUAAUGAAAACAGAGUUUCUGUUGAUUGUCUAA